CUUGGCCUGCAUGCACUCUGCACCUGCACACAAAAUGUGUUUUGGGGGAGUGCCGGGUCCGAUUUUUCUGGUUGGAUUCUUUAAAAAUCUAGCUGUCUCUUGCUAAUUGCUAGAAUUUGAUGGUAGUGCAUGGGGACACCCUUUAGUUACAUUUAAAACACAGAUUAUACAUCUGUGCAAACCACUGAAUUGAAAUAAUAACACUAAAUUGAGGACCACCUGGCAGCCCCAGGACCACAUGCUGAGGUAUAUAAAAAAGCUCAGGACUCUGUGAACACAGCAUAUUAUACCGCAUUCACAAAGGUCCCCCACAAACUUCCCGCUCCACUUUCUAUAAAAGGACAGUCUGUAGAAAAGGAACUACUGCAGGGUUGACUCAGUUGACUAUAGUGGAAACACCUGGCGCAGAGAUUUCAGGUUGCAGCUCCUUGAUAGGUCGACCCUCCCAUACCCUCGACUCCAAGUCCCAGUUCAUUGCGCUCGCCUGGUGUCAAUCUCGUCUGUAAAACCCUCCCCCGAGAUAUCAAAUAGGCUGUGUGGUCCCAUGGAUCCUGCACUAUUUGCCCAGACGGCAUCUGCUCCAUUCAAACACUGAGUGCGUCUCUGCUGCGGUGCGUUGCGCGCAGGUUGGAGAGAGAUGACAAGAGCCCCGCGGAACUGGCCAGACAAACAUGGAUCCCCGUAAAACACUGAUUUCGGUGCUUUGGAUAUUAUUGCUGAAGCUAGAAGAAGACUGUCACGCCGAAGAAGUGGUGCUGCUGAAUUCUAAAGAGACUCAGGCAGAGCUGGGCUGGACGUCAUAUCCCCCCAAUGGAUGGGAGGAGAUAAGUGGUGUUGAUGAGAAGUACAAGCCUAUCCGGACGUACCAGGUGUGCAACGUGAUGGAGCCCACCCAGCAGAACAACUGGCUGCAGACCGGCUGGGUGGCCCGCCGAGGUGGCCAGCGCAUUUUCGUGGAGCUCCAGUUCACCCUGCGUGACUGCAACAGCAUCCCCGGUGUAGCGGGGACUUGCAAGGAGACCUUCAACCUCCUCUACGUGGAGUCGGACAGGGACCUCGGGGGUGUGACCCGAGAGGACCGCUACACCAAGAUCGACACCAUCGCUGCUGAUGAGAGCUUCACGCAGGGCGACCUGGGUGAGAGGAAGAUGAAGCUGAACACAGAGGUGCGUGAGAUUGGCCACCUCAACCGCAAGGGCUUCCACCUGGCUUUCCAGGACGUUGGUGCCUGCGUGGCCCUGGUGGCCGUGCGAGUGUACUACAAACGCUGCCUUGCAACCGUCCAGAACCUGGCAGUGUUCCCCGACACGGUGGCUGAGGCGGCCUUUGCCACGCUGGUAGAGGUGCGCGGCACCUGCGUCAACAACUCUGAGGUUGACACAGACAGCCCUCCAAGGAUGCACUGCAGCGCCGAAGGGGAAUGGCUGGUGCCCAUUGGGAAGUGCAGCUGCAGUGCCGGCUACGAGGAGGGCCACAGCAGCUGUGAAGCAUGUCCCCCUGGCUCCUACAAGAUGUCCUCCAGGCAGCAGGAGUGUUUUACCUGCCCAGCCAACAGUGUUGCAGAGGAGGACGGAUCUGUGGUGUGUGUGUGUGAGGAGGACCAUUUCAGAACUCCCCUGGACACACCCUCGGCACCAUGCACAAGGCCCCCCUCCCCACCUAGAGACUUGGUCUACACCCUGAAGCAGUCCACACUAAUCUUGGAGUGGGCCGCACCAUCCGACACAGGAGGCAGGGCGGAUCUGACAUACAGCGUGGGGUGCCGGAGGUGCAUCGGGAGGCACUGCGAGCCGUGCGGAGCAAGUCUUGGCUUUGUCCCUCAGCAGGUUGGCUUGAUUGAAAGGACGGUGACUGUGGUCAAUCUUCUCCCCAACACCAACUACACGUUUACUGUAGAAGCCUUGAACGGAGUGUCAGAGCUGCUGCCCAACAAGAGGUUCUACACCCAGGUCAACGUGUCAACAAGCUUGCCUGCACCAUCUCUGAUCAGCGAGCUGCGAGCCGAAAAAAUCGAGCAGAAGAGCAUAACCUUGGUGUGGAGGGAGCCCUCAUACCCAAACAGCAGCCGCACUGAAUACGAGGUCAAAUACUAUGAGAAGGAACAAAAGGAUCAGAGUUAUUCUACUGUGAAGACUGCCGCCACACGGAUCAGUGUCAACAACCUCAAACCUGGCACCACAUAUGUCUUCCUCAUCCGCCCUUUCUCCACGCCGGCCCCCUCCUCAUCACUGUCUUCCCCCCCUCUCACAUCCUCCUCAUCUUCAUCAUCGUCCUCCUCUACUUCUUCCUCCUCUUCUUCCUCGUCCUCUUCCUCGCCAUCGCCCAUCGACUACGGAGCGUACAGUGCUCCCCUGGAGCUGCAGACACUUGGCGAGUUGGCACUGGCGUCCAGCGAACAGAGUCCUGUGGUGAUCAUCGUCGUCGUGUCCGUGGCCGCCCUGAUCAUGCUGCUCUCCAUGGGAGUUGGACUGCUCAUCUGGAGGAGACAAUGCGGCUACAGCAAAGCUUCUCAAGAGGGAGACGAGGAACUUUACUUCCAGUUUAAGAUCCCAACACGGAGGACCUAUAUUGACCCAGAGACCUGCGAGGAUCUGCUGCAGGCCGUGCAUGCCUUUGCCAAGGAGCUGGACAACUCGAGCAUCAAGAUAGAGAGAAUUGUGCACACAGGCGACUUUGGGGAGGUAUGUCGCGGCUGCCUGAAGCUCCCCAGUAAGAGAGAGCUGCCUGUGGCCAUAAAGACGUUAAGGGCCGGCUGCUCAGACAAACAGCGCCGCUCCUUUCUAAGCGAGGCCGGCAUCCUGGGGCAGUUUGACCACUCCAACAUCAUCCGGCUGGAGGGCGUCAUCACCACCGGUAACACCAUGAUGAUCAUAGUGGAGACCAUGUCUAAUGGAGCCUUAGAUUCCUUCCUAAGGAAACAUGAGGGCCAGUUGAGUGUAAUGCAGCUGAUGGAUAUGCUGACUGGGGUGGCAUCAGGGAUGAAGUACCUCACUGAAAUGGGCUUUGUCCACAAACGGCUGGCCGCGCACAAGGUGCUGGUUAACUCCAACCUGGGCUGCAAGGUAUCUGGCUUCAGACCUCUUCAGGAAGACAAGAUAGAGGCAAUCUACACCACACUGCAUGGAGGGAAGAGUGUGGUGCUGUGGACCGCUCCGGAGGCCAUCCAGUACCAUCGCUUCUCCUCGGCCUCAGAUGUCUGGAGCUUUGGCAUUGUCAUGUGGGAGGUCAUGUCCUAUGGAGAGAGACCCUACUGGGAUAUGGGCAAUCAGGAUGUGAUCAAGGCCAUCGAGGAUGGUUUCAGGCUGCCGGCUCCUGUAAACUGCCCUCCACAUCUCCAUCAACUGAUGCUGGACUGUUGGCAGAAGGAGAGGACAGAGAGGCCCAGCUUCAGCCAGAUCCACUCAGCCCUCAGCAAGAGCAUUCGCUCUCCCGAUGGCAUUGGUUCCUCCACACUGGCACGCAGAACCCUGAGUUCAUCCAUUACGCUAGCAGAGAGGCCGCUUCCCUCCUUCCCAUCUUUUAACUCAGUGGGAGAGUGGUUGGAUGCAGUGGACAUGGGCCGAUACAAGGACAACUUUACUGCCGCCGGAUACUGCUACUUAGAAUCUGUGGCACGAAUGACUGUACAAGAUGUACUGAGCCUUGGCGUCACUUCCCUUGAGCACCAGAAGCUGAUACUGGCUGCCAUCCAGACCCUAAGAGCCCAGGUCAUCCAGAUGCAUGGCCGCGGUGUGCAGGUCUAACAAACAGGUCCACACACCUAGUCUCACACUGCUGCGGCAGACCCACAGGUAUGUGCAGAUGGAUGAUAGGGUGGAGAAGGGGAGCGAGAGAGCGCUCUUCCAAACUGAAGGAAAGACGAGCAGAUCUUUCUAACUGCACUCCUAUCUACUCCUCCUUCCCACACUUCCUCAUGCCUUCCUUCAUUCCUUCCUUCCUUUUUCCUGUGAAUCCCCUCAGAGACGAGCAGUGUUCCUGUCACGACAGGGGGAUAAGCAGAGGAGUGAUGUCACGUGACUUUUUUUGUGACCUCUAUCUGCACUUUGACCUUCAAUAACUGUGUCAUCUCCAUCUCACUGGUUUUGGAUCAGUGCUUAAAGACAAAUGAAAUAUUGUCUGUAGCAAGACUGGCUCAAUCUAAAGCUGACCUCUGAGCUGUUGGAGGGGCACAGACGUACUACGCCGCAAACACACCGGUUAUGUACUCAUGCUCAGAAGGACAUUUACAUUUUGGGUGGAAUUUCCCUUUACCACAACCCCGAUUCACUAAAAACAAUAUACCAUCAAAGGCAGAAACUAUUUCACUGGCCUUGGAUCAAAUCACCAUCAGCUCAGAACUGCAACAGCUGAUUUCCCAUCAAAGAGGAAUUGAUUUACUACAAGAACACACAAUCAUAUCAUUGUAAGUCAAAGCUGAUCUGAAAUCAGGUAAAGGAACAUUUCUGAAGAUUAAACAUGGCUAGAAUGUAAGCUACAGGAAGACUGUAGUGGCCCAUGUCAAGGGUCCAGUGAGCCUGAGGUUAGAACAACUGGAUCAAGCUUCAACAAAGGCCAAAAGAACAGGGCUAAGUAUACAAUAUAGUCCUACAUAUAGUAUGCUGAUUGGAUGAAUAGAACUACAGUAAGUUAUGGGUGAUAAUAUACUGUACUGUCAGGAACAUCAGCCUAUCCACUUACAACUGGGUUUUUUUUCUCUUUGGGGCUUCUGAUGGUUAAACAAAAGCUGCAGGAUGCAAUUGUAAAGCGAAAAGUUGAAUACGUGUUUGAUUGUUCAUUACUUUGUCUGUUUCGCUACUCUCAGUUGUAUUUUCUUUCUUCCUUUCUCUUCUCUAUGCUUUGAAGUUGUUUUCUUUGUGCAUUUAAAACAUUAUUUUCCCUUCAGCCUGUUGGAUGUCAUUUCGGUAACACAAUCCUCCUCUCCAAAGCCUCUCUCACUAACAUGUUUAAUACUCCAUACAGAGCAUUGGCCAACUCUGGAAGCUGGCCUGAUUCAGAUAUUUAUCCAUAUUUAUUUAUGUUUACAGACUGUGACAUAAACCUCUCCAGAAUACAAAAAAGAAGUUAGGAAGGUUUAUUUAACUUAUAGUAUUUAAAAAUGUUAAGCAAAGCAGUUGUCUCCUCUUUGUUUCUAUUUUGUUGAUUUAUUAUGAUUGUGAGUUUAUACCUGAGCAAAUUAGUUGUUUUGCACACAGGAAGUGAGAGGAACACUGGAUUUUACUGUCAGCACACAGUAUCUGUGUAUUCUUGAACACUGGAUUUGGUACAGAUAAUUUUAGGUCAACUAUCAUUUGAUUUGCUGUAUACAUUACAGUGUAUGUUGCAGUAUGGUUACAGUAUUACAGAAUGUCAUACAGACUUUUUUCUUUCUAGCUGUUGGAAUAUCAUGUUUAAUUUUAUGUGUGCUGUUAAUAUCAUGCUCUGCCAUACUAUGUUAUCCCCCCCCCCCCCCGAUAACUCCCAGAAUCCUCUCUGUACAGUGAUCUGCCCCUCGCCUUUUCUGUCCUAUUUCAAUAUGAGACUUGAAAGAAGAAGUUUAUUGGGGCAUUAUUUGAUUAUCAUACAGUUUCACAAUAGAAGGUACAAGCAUUUUUGACUGGAAUAUUGUAACCGGUUUGUAUUUGGUACAAAUAAGUUUUUCGUUCUUUCUCCUUGUACUCUCUUUUCUCUGUAAACAUUUUGUCAAAUUAAAUAAACUCAUAUGUCGUUAUAGAUGUUAUCACACACAUGUUAACAUAUCUGAGGAUACACUCUGGUGGUCCUUUUGACACACACACACACACACACACACACAGUCGGUAACACAUAACAAAACUGGACCUCGUCACCACGAUGAAUGAAAAUUUGUUCCCCCUCCCUGUUACUGUGACCGUUACAAUAUAUGUUUAAUACUGUAAAUAUGUAUUUGAAAAUGCUAAAUCUAUUUUUAUAAUUUGUUUGAAAAACAAUGUGUUGAAUAUAAUAUCUGCUCACUGUGUAAGGGUUUUAUUUGUUCAAAGUUAGGGCCAUAGCCAAGAAACUCUGGUGUUUGGAAUAUAAAACUGAAAAAAGUUUCUUUUUUUGUUUGUUUUUUGAUGAUUUUUACCUGUAAAAUCUGAUGGCUGUUGCAAUAUUGAAACGUGUUAUUAAAAAAUCUCCA